UAGUGAGAAGCUCGUCCCCGCUGUAACCAAUAGGGAAGCGCGUUCCGUGACAGCCUCUCGGCCGGCGAGGCCUUCCGCAUCCAGCCAACCAGAGAGGCGGAGACAUCGGCCGUGGAGGCCCCGGAGAGAGAGGAGGAGGAGAGAGAGAAAGUGCUGGGAAGCGGCAAGAUGGCGGCCGAGUGCUGAAGGUUCCGCUCAUCCCUCGUCGCUGCCGGAUGCCCCUUGCGUCCCGUUGUGUUUCCCCGCAGAGAGAUUAGGAGGCCGUGGGAGUAAGGAGGAGACGUCGCCCCCAGUCAGAGCUCCGUCUCGGUUUUACAUCCCGCUUUAUAAGGCGGCUGUGGCCCCGCCUCGCCCAGGAGCCCGCAGACAUUUUCUCCCCCCCUCCCUCGUAUUAGUCUCUAUCAGGCCGGGGACCCGCCGCCGCUGCUGGAGCCGCCUCCAUGACGUCCAUACACUUCGUGGUGCACCCGCUGCCCGGCACCGAGGACCAGCUGAAUGACCGGUUAAGAGAAGUUUCUGAGAAACUGAAUAAAUAUAACUUAAGCAGCCACCCCCCUCUGAACGUGCUGGAACAGACAACUAUAAAACAGUGUGUGGUGGGACCGAAUCAUGCUGCUUUUCUCUUGGAGGAUGGCAGAGUUUGCAGAAUUGGCUUUUUAGUCCAACCAGACAGACUGGAAUUGAGUAAACCAGAAAACAAUGAUGGUUCAAAGUUGAACAGUGGCUCAGGGGCAGGAAGGACCUCCAGGCCAGGCAGGACUAGUGACUCUCCCUGGUUUUUGUCUGGUUCUGAGACUCUGGGCAGACUGGCAGGCAACACCCUUGGCAGUCGUUGGAGUUCGGGUGUGGGAGGAAGUGGAGGUGGGUCUUCCGGCCGAUCGUCUGCUGGUGCUCGAGACUCCCGUAGACAGACGCGAGUUAUUCGUACUGGAAGGGACAGGGGCUCUGGACUCCUGGGUAGUCAGCCACAGCCUGUGAUUCCAGCUUCCGUUAUACCAGAAGAACUUAUAUCACAGGCCCAGGUUGUGCUUCAAGGAAAGUCUCGAAGUGUUAUUAUAAGAGAACUCCAGAGAACAAAUCUUGAUGUGAACCUGGCUGUAAACAAUCUCCUGAGUCGGGACGAUGAAGAUGGGGAUGACGGAGACGACACGGCCAGCGAAUCCUACUUGCCAGGAGAGGAUCUUAUGUCACUGCUGGAUGCUGACAUUCAUUCUGCUCACCCAAGUGUCAUAAUUGAUGCUGAUGCUAUGUUUUCAGAAGAUAUUAGCUACUUUGGUUAUCCAUCCUUUCGGCGCUCUUCACUUUCCAGGAUAGGCUCAUCUAGAGUUCUCCUUCUUCCCUUAGAAAGAGACUCUGAACUGUUGCGUGAACGCGAGUCAGUUUUACGCUUGCGUGAGAGGCGAUGGCUUGAUGGGGCCUCAUUCGAUAAUGAAAGGGGCUCCACUAGUAAAGAAGGGGAACCCAAUUUGGACAAGAAGAACACCCCUAUACUGAGUCCAGUGUCACUAGGAGAAGAUCUGCAGUGGUGGCCUGAAAAGGAUGGAACAAAAUUCAUUUCAAUCGGAGCCCUGUACUCAGAACUAGUUGCUGUAAGCAGUAAGGGAGAGCUGUAUCAGUGGAAGUGGUUGGAAUCUGAACCAUAUAGGAAUCCACAGAAUCCUUUGCUGCAUCAUCCAAGAACAACUUUCUUGGGUCUGGCAAAUGAGAAAAUUGUUCUACUUUCAGCAAAUAGCAUACGAGCUACGGUCGCUACAGAAAGCAAUAAGGUUGCCACCUGGGUUGAUGAGACACUAAGUUCUGUAGCUUCAAAAUUAGAACACAUGGCGCAAGUGUUCCCCGAGCUGCAGGGAGAGAAGAUAGUUUCCCUGCAUUGCUGUGCUCUGUACACCUGUGCUCAGCUGGAGAAUAAUCUCUAUUGGUGGGGAGUUGUACCCUUCAGCCAGAGAAAAAAAAUGCUUGAAAAGGUGCGAGCGAAAAACAAGAAACCCAAAUCCAGCGCUGGAAUUUCCUCAAUGCCAAAUAUCACUGUGGGUACCCAGGAGAAAAUGAAGGCUUAUAUAAAUAUACCCUUGUUUACACAUUACAUAUUGCCCCUUCACUCUGAGGAGAAAAUGGCAGGAAAACAGGUCUGCUUAAGAAAUAACCCACUUUAUCAUGCGGGAGCUGUGGCCUUUUCAAUUAGUGGUGGAAUUCCUAAAGUUGGAGUCUUGAUGGAAUCUGUGUGGAAUAUGAACGAUAGCUGCCGAUUCCAGCUGAGAUCCCCAGAGAGCCUAAAAAACCUGGAGAAAUCCAGCAAGACCACCGAGACAAAGCCUGAAAGCAAACCGGAAGCUGUAAAAACUGAAAUGGGACCUCCCCCAUCUCCAGCAUCCACCUGCAGUGAUGCAUCUUCCAUUGCCAGCAGUGCUUCCAUGCCAUACAAGCGCAGACGAUCCACACCCGCUCCCAAGGAAGAAGAGAAGGUCAACGAAGAGCAGUGGUCACUCAGAGAGGUGGUGUUCGUUGAAGAUGUGAAAAAUGUUCCUGUGGGCAAGGUACUGAAAGUUGACGGUGCCUACGUUGCUGUGAAGUUUCCCGGCACAUCGAAUAAUACAAACAGCCAGUCCACUCCUGGCUGUGACCCUGACCCAUCAUCUCUCCUCCAAGACUGCAGACUGCUGCGGAUUGAUGAGCUCCAGGUGGUGAAAACGGGUGGAACGCCUAAAGUCCCAGAUUGUUUCCAACGGACUCCUAAAAAGCUGUGCAUACCUGAAAAAACUGAAAUCCUCGCCGUGAAUGUAGAUUCCAAAGGGGUUCAUGCUGUUCUAAAGACCGGAACGUGGGUGCGGUACUGCAUUUUUGACCUUGCUACAGGGAAAGCUGAACAGGAGAACAAUUUCCCCACCAGCAGCAUUGCCUUUCUUGGUCAGAACGAGAGGAAUGUGGCUAUAUUCACUGCAGGACAGGAGUCGCCCAUUAUUCUUAGAGAUGGAAAUGGCACCAUUUAUCCCAUGGCUAAGGAUUGUAUGGGAGGUAUUAGAGACCCUGAUUGGCUGGAUCUUCCUCCAAUCAGCAGCCUGGGCAUGGGUGUGCACUCAUUGGCUAAUCUUCCUGCAAAUUCUACCAUCAAGAAGAAGGCUGCCAUCAUUAUCAUGGCUGUUGAGAAACAAACCCUAAUGCAGCACAUCUUACGCUGUGAUUAUGAGGCCUGCAGACAGUACUUGGUGAACCUGGAACAGGGUGUAGUUCUAGAUCAAAACACCCAGAUGCUACAGACCUUUCUCAGCCACCGGUGCGACGGCAAUCGUAACAUCCUGCAUGCCUGUGUGUCAGUUUGCUUUCCCACCAGCAACAAGGAGACUAAAGAGGAGGAAGAAGCAGAGCGCUCCGAAAGGAAUACGUUUGCUGAGAGACUCUCCGCUGUCGAAGCCAUAGCCAAUGCGAUCUCCGUGGUGUCUAGUAAUGGUCCCGGAAAUCGGGCUGGGUCCUCCAGCAGCCGAAGCUUGAGACUUAGAGAGAUGAUGAGGCGAUCUCUUCGGGCAGCAGGAUUGGGUAGACAUGAAGCUGGAGCUUCCAGUGAUCACCAGGAUCCAGUUUCACCUCCUAUAGCUCCACCUAGCUGGGUGCCGGAUCCGCCUGCCAUGGAUCCAGAUGGUGAUAUAGAUUUUAUCCUGGCCCCUGCAGUAGGAUCCCUUACCACAGCAUCCACUGGAACAGGUCAAGGGCCUAGUACAUCAACCAUACCAGGUCCUUCUUCUGAGCCUUCUGUGGUGGAGUCUAAAGAUCGGAAAGCUAAUGCUCAUUUUAUUCUGAAACUGCUGUGCGAUAGCAUUGUAUUGCAGCCAUACCUACGAGACCUCCUUUCUGCCAAGGAUGCCAGAGGUAUGACCCCUUUCAUGUCUGCUGUCAGUGGCAGAGCUUACCCAGCUGCUAUAACCAUUCUUGAAACUGCACAGAAAAUUGCCAAAGCUGAAGCCAAUGCGAAUGAGAAGGAAGAGGAUGUAUUCAAGGCAAUGGUUUGCCCCCCUGGUACCAACGCAGAUGACUCCCCUCUGUAUGUUCUCUGUUGUAACGAUACCUGCAGCUUUACAUGGACAGGAGCAGAGCACAUCAACCAGGACAUAUUUGAAUGCCGAACAUGUGGCUUGUUGGAAUCGCUCUGCUGUUGUACAGAGUGUGCCAGGGUCUGCCACAAAGGACACGAUUGCAAGUUAAAGCGAACAUCACCGACUGCCUACUGUGAUUGCUGGGAGAAAUGCAAAUGUAAAACCUUAAUUGCAGGCCAGAAGUCUGCUCGCCUUGACCUUCUGUACCGACUGCUGACCAUCACUAAUCUGGUGACCAUGCCAAACAGCAGAGGAGAGCACCUUCUUCUGUUCUUGGUGCAGACUGUGGCCAGGCAGACUGUUGAGCACUGCCAGUACAGACCUCCGCGAAUCAGAGAGGAUAGAAACCGCAAGGCAGCCAAUCCCGAAGAUUCCGAUAUGCCAGACCAUGACUUGGAGCCACCGAGAUUUGCACAACUUGCUCUGGAGCGAGUAUUACAAGACUGGAAUGCACUUAAAUCCAUGAUCAUGUUUGGCUCUCAAGAAAACAAAGACCCUCUUAGUGCGAGCAGUAGAAUCGGUCAUCUUCUUCCUGAGGAACAAAUUUACCUGAAUCAGCAAAGUGGUACCAUUCGUUUGGACUGCUUCACUCACUGCCUUAUUGUGAAGUGUACUUCAGAUAUCUUGCUUCUAGACACGUUACUUGGGACACUUGUGAAGGAACUUCAGAACAAGUACACACCUGGCCGACGGGAGGAGGCUGUAACUGUCACAAUGCGGUUUCUACGUUCUGUAGCGCGAGUCUUCGUCAUUCUCAGCGUUGAAAUGGCGUCUUCUAAGAAGAAAAACAAUUUUAUCCCGCAGCCUAUAGGGAAAUGCAAGCGAGUGUUCCAGGCACUAUUGCCAUAUGCAGUGGAGGAGCUGUGCAAUGUGGCCGAGUCUCUCAUUGUCCCUGUGAGGAUGGGAAUCGCACGGCCUACAGCACCCUUUACCCUGGCUAGCACAAGCAUUGAUGCCAUGCAAGGCAGUGAGGAGCUUUUCUCUGUGGAACCUCUCCCACCGAGGCCGUCUUCUGACCAAUCUAAUAACUCCAGUCAGUCACAGUCCUCUUACAGCAUUAGAAAUCCACAGCAAAGAAGGAUAAGUCAGUCACAGCCUGUGAGAAGCAGAGAUGAGGAACAGGAUGACAUGGUAUCGGCAGAUGUGGAAGAGGUGGAAGUUGUUGAAGGAGUGGCUGGUGAGGAAGAUCACCAUGAUGAACAAGAGGAACAUGGGGAGGAGAAUGCAGAAGCUGAAGGACAACAUGAUGAGCAUGAUGAAGAUGGGAGUGAUAUGGAAUUAGAUCUUCUAGCUGCUGCAGAGACCGAAAGUGACAGUGAGAGCAACCACAGUAACCAAGACAACGCUAGUGGCCGCAGAAGCGUGGUCACUGCAGCCACGGCAGGUUCAGAAGCAGGUGCAAGCAGCGUCCCAGCUUUCUUUUCUGAAGAUGACUCCCAGUCCAAUGACUCCAGUGACUCUGAUAGCAGUAGUAGUCAAAGUGAUGAUCUUGACCAGGAGACCUUCAUGAUUGAUGAACCCCUGGAAAGGUCAACCAACAGCACCCAUGCUAAUGGUGCUGCACAGGCUCCUCGUUCUAUGCAGUGGGCGGUGCGGAACACGCAGAAUCAAAGAACCCCGAAUACUGCGCCAUCCAGCACCUCCACCCCUGCAGCCAGCUCAGGUGCACUGAUUUACAUCGAACCAUCCAGUAUACGUCGAAGUGGCAACAUGAGUUCCAGUGCUGCAGCCGCCCUUGAAGCCAGCAACUCCAGCAGCUACCUGACCUCUGCCAGCAGCCUAGCAAGGGCCUACAGCAUAGUCAUUCGGCAGAUAUCUGACCUUAUGGGAUUGAUCCCCAAGUAUAACCACCUGGUCUACUCUCAAAUACCUGCUGCUGUAAAGCUGACCUAUCAAGAUGCCGUUAACUUGCAGAACUAUGUAGAAGAAAAACUCAUCCCAACCUGGAACUGGAUGGUCAGUAUAAUGGACUCCACUGAAGCUCAGCUUCGUUAUGGGUCUGCUUUGUCAUCUGCUGGAGAUCCAGGUCACCCAAACCAUCCUCUCCAUGCAUCCCAGAAUCCUACCCGUAGAGAGAGGAUGACCGCACGUGAGGAAGCCAGUUUGAGGACACUAGAAGGCAGAAGAAGAGCAACUCUGCUGAGCGCGCGCCAGGGGAUGUCAGCCCGUGGAGACUUUCUAAACUAUGCGCUUUCCCUAAUGCGCUCACACAAUGAUGAACAUUCUGAUGUGCUCCCUGUGCUGGACGUUUGUUCCCUGAAACACGUGGCAUAUGUUUUCCAGGCUCUUAUCUACUGGAUUAAAGCCAUGAACCAACAGACCACACUGGACACUCCACAGCUGGAACGAAAGAGGACCAGGGAACUCUUGGAGCUCGGCCUUGAUAAUGAGGACUCUGAGCAUGAAAACGAUGAUGACACCAAUCAGAGUUCCACUUUAAAUGACAAGGAUGACGAUACAUUACCUGCUGAAACGGGCCAGAAUCACCCCUUUUUCCGCCGUUCAGAUUCUAUGACGUUCCUUGGUUGCAUUCCACCAAAUCCUUUUGAAGUUCCGCUUGCAGAAGCUAUUCCACUCGCUGACCAGCCGCAUCUCCUACAGCCCAAUGCUCGGAAGGAAGACUUAUUUGGCCGCCCAAGUCAGGGUCUCUAUUCAUCUUCAGCCAAUAGCGGAAAAUGCUUGAUAGAAGUGACAGUAGACAGGAACUGCCUGGAGGUUCUGCCUACCAAAAUGUCCUAUGCAGCUAACCUGAAAAAUGUGAUGAGUAUGCAGAACCGACAGAAGGAAACAGAAGAGUUAAGCGUGCCACCCGAGGACACCGACAACUCGAAGCCUGGACCUUCAGCGCAUGAUCUUGCAGCUCAGCUGAAGAGCAGCUUGUUGGCUGAAAUUGGACUGACGGAAAGCGAGGGUCCUCCAUUAACGUCUUUCAGGCCUCAGUGCAGUUUUAUGGGCAUGGUGAUAUCUCAUGAUAUGCUCUUAGGAAGGUGGAGGUUAUCUCUUGAGCUCUUUGGCAGGGUGUUCAUGGAGGAUGUCGGAGCAGAGCCUGGAUCUAUUUUGACAGAAUUAGGUGGUUUUGAAGUGAAAGAAUCUAAGUUCCGCCGCGAGAUGGAGAAGCUUCGAAAUCAGCAGUCAAGAGAUCUGACGUUGGAGGUUGACAGAGAUCGAGAUCUCCUUAUUCAGCAGACAAUGAGGCAGUUAAACAAUCAUUUUGGCCGCAGAUGCGCCACAACGCCAAUGGCUGUGCACAGAGUCAAGGUCACCUUCAAAGACGAGCCAGGGGAGGGUAGUGGAGUAGCCCGAAGCUUCUAUACGGCUAUUGCACAAGCAUUUCUGUCAAAUGAGAAACUGCCCAGUCUAGAUUGUAUCCAGAAUGCCAACAAAGGAACACAUACAAGUUUAAUGCAGAGACUAAGAAACCGGGGGGAGAGAGAUCGGGAAAGAGAGAGAGACAUGCGAAGAAGUAGCGGUUUGCGAGCAGGUUCUCGACGUGAUAGAGACAGAGAUUUCAGAAGACAGCUGUCUAUAGACACGAGGCCUUUCAGGCCGGCCUCUGAGGGGAACCCCAGUGAUGACCCUGACCCCCUUCCUGCUCAUAGACAGGCACUUGGAGAGAGGUUGUACCCACGUGUACAAGCCAUGCAGCCAGCAUUUGCAAGUAAAAUUACUGGAAUGUUGCUGGAACUGUCUCCUGCACAACUGCUACUGCUGCUGGCCAGCGAGGACUCCCUGAGAGCGCGAGUGGAUGAGGCUAUGGAGCUGAUUAUAGCGCACGGAAGGGAAAACGGAGCAGACAGUAUUCUUGACCUUGGCUUGUUAGAUUCAUCUGAGAAAGUGCAGGAAAACCGUAAACGUCAUGGUUCCAGUCGCAGCGUGGUCGAUAUGGAGCUUACCGACACAGAUGACGGUGAUGAUAACGCUCCCUUAUUUUAUCAGCCUGGCAAAAGAGGAUUCUAUACUCCUAGGCCAGGCAAAAACACAGAAGCGCGAUUAAACUGUUUCCGAAAUAUUGGCAGGAUUCUCGGCCUGUGCCUUCUGCAGAAUGAAUUAUGUCCAAUCACAUUAAGCAGACAAGUUAUCAAAGUUCUACUAGGCAGAAAAGUGAACUGGCACGAUUUUGCGUUUUUCGAUCACGUGAUGUAUGAAAGUUUGCGGCAGCUUAUCCUCGCGUCACAAAGUCUAGACGCAGAUGCGGUCUUUGCAUCAAUGGACUUAGCAUUUGCAAUAGACCUGUGCAAGGAAGAAAGUGGCGGACAGGUGGAGCUCAUUCCCAAUGGUGUAAAUAUUCCCGUUACCCCACAAAAUGUGUAUGAAUAUGUAAGAAAAUAUGCUGAACAUAGGAUGUUGGCAGUUGCAGAGCAGCCUUUACAUGCAAUGCGGAAAGGACUGCUAGAUGUGCUCCCAAAGAAUGCUCUAGAAGAUCUGACCGCUGAGGAUUUCAGGCUGCUGGUCAAUGGCUGUGGUGAAGUUAAUGUUCAAAUGCUGAUCAGUUUUACAUCUUUCAAUGAUGAGUCAGGAGAGAACGCAGAGAAACUAUUACAGUUCAAGCGGUGGUUCUGGUCUAUAGUUGAGAAGAUGAGUAUGACUGAGAGACAAGAUUUAGUAUAUUUUUGGACGUCAAGCCCGUCUUUGCCUGCAAGCGAAGAAGGCUUUCAGCCCAUGCCAUCCAUCACCAUCCGCCCACCAGACGACCAGCACCUUCCUACAGCUAACACGUGCAUAUCCCGUCUCUACGUCCCUCUGUACUCCUCCAAACAGAUUCUCAAACAGAAGUUAUUACUUGCUAUUAAAACCAAGAACUUUGGUUUUGUGUAGAGAAAAUAAAGUGUGCUCCCAUGUAAUAUACCUAGCAAAAAUGUAUUUUUUUUUUUUUUUUUUUUGUAGAACUUUUUCCAUUUGCAGAUCUAAAAAAAUUUAUGAAGGUUAAUGCGGUAUUGCCCCUUGAUGGUACAUCACGGACUUUGCUACUUUUUGGUGCUCAUGUGGCAGGCACUUUUAACACCAUCUGGGCCAACAGACAUUCCUCGUCUAAACAUAACCAGUGCGGUAUUAACCUACAUAAUCCUAGCACACUAACGGUUUUGCUAGGUUGUACUUAUAAGGCCUCUCCCAAGGGAUAAAUGACAGCGGGACAAUAUAAAAUACACUGUGAGAAAUUAGUUUUUCUUCCAAGACAGGAGAAGAGUUUUUGACAACUCCCGGCUGCUUUUGCAUAAGCUGCUUCAUCGCUGGCUCUUGAAAGGAGGGAGUCAACAAUGCCAAUGUAAUAUGUUAAAAGGAAAAUGUUCGGUUCCCCACUCACACCCCCACCCCCUUUUUUUUUUUCUUUCUUUUUUUUUAAAUAAUGUGUGGGAAUGUUUAGGUACAUUCUUUUACUCCCAUGCUAUUUAAUUUGUAGUUUGGCUACUGUGAUGUACAUGAUGUAUAUUAAACUUGUAAAAGUGAUAUCCAGAAAUGAAA